AUGUCCCCAGAGGGCCCUCCCAAAGACGGCACUACCCCCAGGGGCCAUUCCAGGGUCGGUGGCGCCCCCAAGGACCAUUGCAGGGUCGGUGGCGCCCACAGGGGCCAUUCCAGGGACGGUGGCGCCCCCAGGGGCUCUUCCGCGGACUGUGGCGCCAAUAGGGACCCUCCCAGGAACGGUGGCAACCCCAGGGGCGCUGCUAAUAGCGAUGACACCCCCAGGGGCCCUCACAAGGACGGUGGUGCCCCCAAGGACCCUCCCAAGUGCGGCAGCACCCCCUGGGGACCUUUUAGGGGCGGUGGCGCCCCUAGGGACUCUCCCAGGGGAAGUGGCACCCCCAGGGGCCCUGCCAGUGGUGAUGGCGAUCCUAGGGGCCCUCACUAG